CCUUACUAAUUGGCGGGUAGCAUGCUGUGACGCAAACGCUCGUAACGUUAACAACAACAAAGGAUGAUGAAUAAAUGAAGUUUCAAACUUGCUUUGUGCCUCACGUCCACUUAUGACCGCAGUGUUUAGAGUUCGCUGCCUUGCUGUAGUAAUAAAAACGUUACAAAUGCAGUUAACACGGUGAUGAACGGUCCAACCAAAAGCUUCAAACUGAAAAGUGGAAGGUCUUUAAAAUGAUUCGCAUAGCAGCACUGAAUGCUGCUUCAGCAGCUGCAGAUGAGUCUCAAGACCCCUUGAGAAGUAGCAAGAGUCAGACAAAAGAGGCUCAGGAAGCCGAAGCAUUUGCUCUCUAUCACAAAGCCUUAGAUCUGCAAAAACAUGACAAGUUUGAGGAUUCUGCCAAGGCCUAUCAUGAGCUUCUCAAAACUCCACUGCUCAAAGAGGCCAUGCCCUCUGAUGAUCAUAAAGUGGGUCUCAAGCAUCCCGGACUGAUGUUGAAAUAUUCUACUUUUAAAAACUUGGCUACUAUGGCUGCAUUGCGGGAAGACCUGGAGACCGCUAUGGAGUUUUAUUUGGAGGCAGUUAUUUUGGAUUCCACUGACGUGAACAUGUGGUACAAAAUUGGUCAGGUGGCUGUGCGACUGGUGCGCGUUCCACUGGCUCGACAUGCCUUUGAGGAGGGAUUGCACUGUAACCCGGACCACUGGCCCUGCCUGGACAACCUCAUAACUAUUCUCUACACACUCAGUGACUACACCUGCUGUUUGUACUUCAUCGCCAAAGCCCUAGAGAGGGAUCAUUGUUACACUAAAGGCCUGGUGUUGAAGGAGAAAAUCUUUGAGGAGCAGCCCUGUCUGAAGAGGGACACGAUGCAGAUGUUCGUGAAAUGUGAUGUGUCUAUUCACUAUGUGGAAGUGGAGGUAGAGGAAUGCAAAUCCAUUGUGGAAGAGGCACUGGAGUUACGGAAGCGCAGACAGGCUCUCUCUCACUGCGAACCAAAACCUGACCUCGUCCUGAUUCAGCCCAUCCGCUGCCUCUCAUGGAAGCAUGUGGGUGAAAGCCUUCUUGCAAUGUACAGACAUCAGACCACCUGUGAGCCACCACGCCCGAGUCUUGGCCGCAGAAUUGACUUGUCAGAGUACCGUGACCCGAACUUCCUCCAAAACCUCCCCCAACCCAGCAGCCCUGUCAGUAUGGGCCAGGCCACCGUGCUGAGCAGCAGCCCCAGCUCAUCCCUGCCGCCGAUGGCCCUCCCUGAGCCAGCAGUGCUACCCCAACCUAGCACUCAACCUCAGAUCACCCCCGCCCAGAACACAGUGGAGGUCACCACUUCUGCUCCCCCUGUCGUGACAGCAAUGGAAGUUUCACUCACAGAUAAAGUGAAGAAAGCUCCGAAAAGGAAACGCGUGGUUGAAGAUAGUGGGGAGACGGCCAAGCGACGUUCGGCACGUGUUCGAAACACAAAAUGCAAGAAGGAAGAGAAGAUUGAUUUUCAGGAACUGCUUUUUAAAUACCUACCUUCCAGGCUAAGGAAGUUUGAUCCUGAUAAUGAUGAUGAAAGUCUGAGUAAUCUCGAGACGCAGUGUGAUGGGAAGGAGGACAUGCAGCCUCUACAUGGGAGUUGCUUGCCUGCUGACUCCGUUCAGUACAUGGAAUCUGAACAACAGGAUGUCCACAACUUUCUGCUCAAUAACAUGACCAAUGGUGGUAUACUGGACGUGAUGAUGCGCUAUCUGAAAGCAGUGGGCCAGAAGUUCACAAUGGAGUGGCCUCGGGGGCUGACUGCUGUGGUACUGGAGCUCCAUCAGAGCUGGAGGAAGCACAGCAGUGGUCUUCCUAACCCUCUGCUUCGGGACUGCAGCAACCAACACAUCCGGGAAAUGUUGGCAAUGAGCUUAGCGUGUAUGGAGUUGCAGUUGGAGCAAUGGUCACACAACAAAGGGAAGACUGUGUCUCCAAGAAGAUGCAGCAUUGGUCCCGGCAGUGAUGCAGCUGACUCAGAAUUCCCUGGGCAACACUUCCAGAGUGAUUUGUUACUUCUGGCCUUAGGUUCAUCCCAAAAAGACCUGUUUGAGGAUGACUGGCUGGAUGUCAUGGUGCGUGUCUACUGGCUCAAGGCAAGAUUCUUGGCCCUGCAGGGAGACAUGGAGUUGGCCCUGGAGAGCUAUGAUGUCUGUGUAGGUUUGUUGCAGAGCAAACCAAAGACCCCCGAAGGGAAACCUUACACCAUCAGCCUGCCUAACCUACGUGUAGAUGCAGCAAUCUCCGUGGAGGAGAUUGACAAGAGGCUGAAGUCUCUGGAGCGCUGUCAGUCUUUGGAGGAGAUCCAGCGUUUCUUUGAGUCUGCAGACUUUGAUUCUGUUGUGCGCCUGCUGCAGCCCACGCUUAAUUACGGCAGCAGGAGUAAACCUCUGGAGUUGGUGAGCUCAGCACCAGAGCGGCCUGCUCAACUGAUGCUACUGCAGAACUCGCUGUUGAAGCUGCAGGACUACCGGCAGUGUUUGGAGUGCAGCGAGCUGGCUCUGAAUGAAGCCCUGCAGCAGCUCAACUCUGCUUCCAACAACUCUCCCCCUAGUAAGGAGGAGUGGGUCAGUACUAUUGUAAAGUUGCUGGAUGGCACCGAGGUCUGCGUCACCAAAGACUCGGAGCUUCUAAGCAAUGUUCCCCACUUGGCUCGACUGGCAAAUAAUCUAAUUCAGCUGAUUGAUCUUAGCAUGAACAUUUCCGACGAUCCCAAGGAGCCUUAUUUCUUCUCGGUUCUGCCUUGGUUGAUCCUGUAUCGUAUUAUCAAACAUGAGGAGGCUGCUUUUAACUGUAUGCUUCGACAGCAUACGUCUGUAGGGGAUGAUGAAGAUGGCUCAGACACUCCCAUGCUGCCCUCCUCCCUGAUGCUUCUGAACACAGCCCAUGAGUAUCUUGGCCGUCGCUCUUUGUGCUGCAACUCGGACGGCGCACUCCUCAAGUUCUACGUUCAAGUUUUGAAAAAAGAGGUUGCCGCCUCUUCCAGCAAUGACUCUCAUCCCUACAAAGAGGAGUUGGAGAUGGCCCUGGAACAGUGCCUUUUCUGCCUAUACGCCUACCCCAGUAAGAAGAGCAAGGCCCGCUACCUUGAGGACCACUCAUCUCCACAGGUUGAGCUGCUGUGGUGUGAUGCCCUCUUCAUGUUCCAGUAUUUCAAACCAAAGUCACUGCCUGAGUUUGACAGCUAUAAGACAAGCACAGUGUCUGCAGAAUUGGCCAAUUUGCUGAGGAGGUUUUCUGGCAUCGCUCCCACAAGUGACACCCCCAUCCUCACCAUGGAUGAAGUGGCAGCCUACAUUGAGGGCAUGACAGAAAAGGCCCCAUGCCUUCCUGAGGGUAGUGCUCCUGCGCCUCCAAUCAUUGAUGAGAUGUACUAUCUUCUAGCUGAUUACCAUUUCAAGAACAAGGAGCAGUCCAAAGCCAUCAAGUUCUAUAUGCAUGACAUUUGCGUGUGUCCCAACAGGUUUGACUCCUGGGCAGGUAUGGCUUUAGCUAGGGCCAGUCGUAUUCAGGAAAAGCUCAACUCCAAUGAGCUGAAAAGUGACAUUCCGAUAUGGAAACACUCCCAGGCAGUGCUUAACUGCUUUAAGAGGGCCCUGGAAAUAGACAGCUCCAACCUGUCUCUCUGGAUCGAGUAUGGUACCAUUUCAUAUGCGCUGCAUACAUUUGCCUCACGGCAGCUCAAGCAGUGGCGCAAUGAGCUCCCCCCAGAGGUGGUUAAACAGAUGGAAGAAAGGAGAGACUCUAUGUUGGCGACAGCGUUCCUGUGUUUCCAGGGCGCUUCCCGUUGUGAGGGUGACAGUGAUGAAGAAGAGUGGCUCAUUCACUACAUGCUCGGGAAGAUAGCAGAGAAACGCAAACAGCCUCCAGGGGAAUAUCUGCAGCUUUACCAAAAGGCAGCACACUAUCUGCACGAAGAAGCUGCCCGGUAUCCCCGGAAAAUCCAUUACCAUAAUCCUCCUGACCUGGCCAUGGAGGCCCUAGAGUUGCAUUUCCGUCUCAGUGCCACCACCCUAAAACUAUUAGAGGGCAAUGUGCCUGAUCUGGAACACGAGGUCUUGUUCAGAUUGCUGGUUGAGGCCGCUAUUGGGCCGUUUGCCAGGGGGGAAGAGAAGAGUAUGCCAAGCAUGCCUAGGUCCCUUGAAAAGGAGAAACCCACCUCCAUGAUGGAUGGAGACUUUAAUUACUCGUCAGUUUGCAUAGGGAACGUCCUCAGCUCCUCCCAUCCAUCAGCUGCCACCCCAGGUCUGACAUCCCCUCCUUACGUGGCCACGCCAUUUGACCAUGAUUACGCCAAACGCAAAACACUCCGACGGCAGCAGUGGCAGCAACAGCGGCAUGAGGAGCAGCAGGCUGAUGCCUCACCAGAGUUUGACCAUGCUUACUGCCUGCCCAGGUCUCCAAUGUGGCUGGCUUCCCUGAAUGAGCGCAGUCAGGACAGUGAGGUGGUGAUGCUCUCUGACUCCAACUCCACCCAGGAUGCCUUCACAGAUCCCGCCAGCUCACAAGACAGCAGCCACAAACCUGCCUCUGGGAAAGCCAGUUCAUCGUCAUCAGAAAGUACAACCCCUGUGAAGGACGCACAGUUCGCAUCUGAGGACACAGCAUCACAUGGAGAACAUUCUGGCAUCCAGGCGGAAGAAAAGGUUAUCCAGGAAGUAGUAGAAGCUGUGGUGGUGACCCUCCCUGAGGCUUCAGCCCCCAAGCUCUCGGCGGACCCUUGUCCUCAUCCUCUGCCUGUCCCAGCCACCCCUCCGAAGGCAGCCCCCUCUCAACAGGCUGCUCCUCAAACCCCCGCCAGUGAGGGAAAGAGGAAGCCAGAGCCCCCCGCUGAGGUGAUCGAGGUGCCCAAGGCCCUGCCCACAGAGCGUGGCGACCAGAGACGAAUGCUGGUAGAAAUGUGCGUUCGUUCUCUCUUCCUCUGCCUCAGCCGCUUCCCUCAGCACUACAAGAGUCUCUACCGAUUGGCCUUCUUCUACACCAACAGCAAGACCCACCAGAACCUACAGUGGGCCCGAGAUGUGUUGCUAGGAAGCAGUGUCCCAUGGCAACAGCUGAAGCACAUGCCAGCACAAGGACUUUUCUGUGAAAGAAACAAGACAAACCUGUUCAAUCAGCUUUUUCCCUCACUCACAACAGGAAGCAGGAAAAACAAGGUGUGUUUGCUUAGUAUGUUUAUGGUGGCCAGCUGGAGAGACACGACCAGAGUUGAAAGACCGAAAAGGAAGAAGGGCAUCUGGCGUAUUCCAGUAGAUGAGAUUGAUCGCCCCGGAAGUUUUGCAUCUCAUAUGAACCGAUCCAUUGUCCUCUUACUGGAGGUGCUGUCUCAGCUUAAGGAUCACGAUACUCUGUUGAAAGUCUCUUUUAUGUUACAGAGAACCCCUGACCAGGGAAAGAAGUAUUUACGGGAUGUUGAUCGCCAGGUUUUGGCCAAGAGAGCAUUUUUCCUAACUGUAAAAGUCCUGGAGGACAAUCUGAACAGUCUCACUGGGGUGUCUGAGCAGCUUCACAAAGCGCCUGGGCCCUCUAUGGGGGAGAUGACCACAACGGACGCAUCCAACAGGCCCAGUUCAGAGGACAGCAAACAUGCACUGCCUAAGAAGCCUGGACUCACAGAGGGAGCCUGUGUCACGGACACAGGGCCCAGGGAAGCCUCUCAGGCACAACUCACCCCACCACCACCAUCCAUGGAUAAAGGGAGUAAAGUUCAGGAGAUCUAUCCUGGCAAGGUGGAGACUGCUGGCAGUGAGGGGCACAAAGCAGGGUUGGAGGAACCCAUGGAGCUGGACACUGGCCGCUGGAUGAGGCCCUCUAUUACCACAGAUUCUCAGGGCAACCAAGCGGAGGCUGAGACUUCCCUGAGUGCAGCGGAGCCCCAACAGAAAGCGACUGACAGCAGUCGGACACCAGAGCUGUCCCUAGAGGAGCUAAGUAUCAGCUCCAGGCAGCAGCAGCUCCAAGCGUUGGCACCAAAGGUCACCGUGGCAGCCAGUGGGACUGAUCAGGGGUUACCACGUAGGCCAAACAGGAAAAGGAAGCUUCUUGAAGAUGUGGAGUCCGGAAAGACGCUACUGCUUGAUGCCUAUAGGGUGUGGCAGCAAGGCCAGAAAGUCAUGACGUACGACCUGGCACGCAUUGAGAAGAUCAUGUCAGAGACUUAUAUGCUCAUAAAACAGGUUGAUGAGGAUGUAGCCCUGGACCAAGCUGUGAAGUUCUGCCAGAUACAGUUGGCCACUUCUGCCCAAAGACAGCAGGCUGCAGGCGAUGCCCCGACCACACCCAAGUACACCAAGGAGCACCGAGACCUCUUCUUCCCCGCCUCCCUGCCGACUCCUGUCCUGCUCAGCCACGCCGCCUGCCACCCGCUGUCCAGCACGGAGGGUCAGACCAAAGUGGCGUACGAGCCGCUGAGCAAGUUGUCCAGACCUCAAGCUUCGGGCUUCCACGAUCAGGCACAGCACCGGAGAGCAGCUAGCCUCCCUGCUGCAGCCAUGGCCUUCCUACCACACACAGAGGAGCGGGAGGAGCCCUCGGAGGGACUUUCGUACCGACAGCAGGAGUCGCACCUUUGUCAUCAGAUGAAACUCGCCACUGUAUCCCAGGGGCAAGAGUCGUCGGCAGGCUGGUUCCAGGAGGAAACGGCCUCAUGUAGCACCGCACAACCUUGCCCAGACCAGCAGCAGUAUGCCAGCGACGAGCAGUCAAAGCUUCCAGACCCCAGCCGAAUCCGCUCCCGCGUCCCAGCCAACAUGCCAAAGCUUUUCAUCCCUUCCACCGUUACCAAGUUUCCGCCAGAAAUCACAGUAACGCCUCCAACACCCACACUUCUCUCCCCCAAAGGCAGCAUCUCAGAGGAAACCAAACAGAGACUCAAGAACGUCAUCCUGUCAUCUCAGUCUGCAGCCACAGUCAAAAAGGACACCCUGAGCCAGCCGGCGCUGGAGGUGCAGGAGACAUCCAGCCAGGAGUCGUCUCUGGAGAGCGAGUCGGACGAGGAGGACGAUUACAUGGACGUCUGAGCCCCUCGAGGCUGUGUGUGCUGAAAUUGAACAAGGCCUUUUGUCACGCUGCCAAACCCUGUGGCCCCUGUCUUAAAAAGGAACGGUACACGUCACUGCAGCAGCUGUCCACGUUGAUGCUAUUGCUCCCUCAUGUGCAUUACAGAAAAAGCACUCCCAAACUAGAAAAAUGCAGUAUACUCAUCGCCUGUCAUGUCACCGUGUUUCUCUGCUUGUCUGCAGCGAUGGCGUAAAUGGCAGACGACGAUGGCUUUAGUCUCACAGCAUCUAUAAUGUGCCAUUUAUGCAUAUCACACAUUAACUUAUCGAGCUCUCCUGCACCCCACCGUUCACUGGAUCUGGCAACAAGGCCUUUCAGCCUUUAAAGCCAACCAGUCCCGUGUUUUUGUUUUUAUUUAUGUUCUGUGCUAACUGCAGCUAAAUCUUCGUCUGAGAACUCACCAAUCUGAGGUGCCUCGGUUUGGACUGAUGCUCAGGAGCAUGUGCCUGCUGUCCACCACUUUCGAUCACUUACUUUGGCAUGAGAAUUUCAUCUGCAAGAUACAUUACAUCGGUACAUAAUAUAGUUGAAUCAACACAAGGGUGAAAUAAAGACAAUCGGCUGCAUUCGAGGUUCGUCUGUGGAGCCAACGGGCCACACAGCCUCACAACCUGUAGCAGAAAUGUUUACACUAACGUUUGGGAUGCUUUUCAGCUAGCACUUAACUUUGUGCUAUUAUUUUGUAUUCUUGUAAUAUUUUGUCCUAUAUAUAUUUCUUUUUUUCUUUUUUUUUGGUGUGCAUUUGUAGCUAAGAGGAACCGUUCUUACCAGGAAGCCGUCCUGUCACCAGCACUGAUCUGAAUGAAAUGGAAAGGGGUUUUCAGUUAUCAUGAAUUAGCUUUUGUACAUAUCACAAUGCAAAUAUCUUUCCAAUGUGUUUGGCCUUUUAAUGGGUUGAGUAUUAAGCUGGAGAAGUGCGUGUGCUUGUGUGCGAGUGUAAACAUUAAGGUGAGGGUCGCUUCCAUUUCGAGUCAACUCGGGAAGCGACUCGCCGCCAGGAGAAUCGCUCGCUCCUGAUUUUCAGUGGAAUUGAAAUGCACGCAGAGGAAGACUUUCUAAUACAGAUGCCUUUCCAUUGAAACCAUUUUGGUAAAUGUGUCACAAUUCUAGCUUAACUCAGAGGAAGACAGCAGAAUGUUUUGUACAGAUUGUUUUCUAUAAAAAGAAAGAUGUUUACUGAUUGUUUCUCGAAAGCCGUCUAAAAAAUAAUUUUUGGGAAAGGACUCAAAUGAAUAAUUGUAAACUAUCACCCUUGAUAAAAAGAAAAAAGUUUUGUAUUUUGUUUUUGUUUAUUUCUUUGGUGUAACAUAUUUUUCUAUUCUUGUUGGAAUGUACCACGGCUAAAAAGAGUGACCGGGUUGAGGGCUUCAGCUCGGCUCGGCUCUCCCCUUCUAUUCUGUCUGGACUGAAUGCAUUAUAGAUGUCAAACCAAAAAUAUAUUUGAGAAAC